AUCCUGGCAAGAGACAUAGCAGGCAGCAUCCGCUGCCCCCUCCAUGGGAAUCGUCCUCAAAGGAGACCAUAUGGCCCAUGGGGGACCAGGAUUGAUUUUCCGAGAGAGCUCAGGAUGUUUUCCUGCCCCAUCUGAAGGCGCUGCAGCCACCUCGAAAUCUCCAGAAAGUCAGUGUUGCAAAUUCACUUAAUUUUAUAAAGUCUUGACCCGUCAACGACGCACGGGAUGGAGCCGACAGCUAAAGCACGGACUGAAAAAAGUUUCAGCUACGUUGUCAGAGCCCCCAGCAGUGAUGGGUUUGAUGUGAUGAACGUCGAUGUGAAGAUCAACACGUCCUGGAUAUUCCAGGACGCAGAGGACAGUGGUGAGGAGCACGGGUGUCUUCCGGACAGAGCAGCCAGCAGCCCAGACAUGGACACAGGGACGCUCGGGAAGCAGCUGGAAUGCUCAGAGCAGAAGCUGUUGGCAGCCGUGGACAAGCACAUGAUGUCGGAGUUCAGGCUGAGGAGCAGAAUCCAGGAGCUGGAGCUGUCGGAGAGGAGCCUCUUGCGGAGGGUGGACAAGCUGGGUGCCCGCGUGCUCCAGGAGCGCCACGCCUCUCUGCGGGCCCACGAGGAGCUGCAGGCACUGCGGGGGGAGCUGGCCCACCAGGAGGCCCCAGGCCGUGUUCAGGACGGACCUCAGCCCCUGCCGGGGGAGAAGGCACCAGAUGCCUGCAGAAGCCAUGGCCGGCACACCACCCUCCGCUCCCACGGGGCCCCUGGACCCAGGGCCUCAGCAGGCCAGCCCCCUGAGGGUCCCUGCGCCUGGGUCUGCAUCGGGGCUGGACGGGGCCCCUCUGAUUCGGUGUCAGGCCUGGAGACCACGGCCGAGCUCCUGGGGGUGCUUGCAGGACGUGACCGUGCACAGCUUACUCCGCCUGAGCCCAGAGUGGAUGCACAGCCUCUUCUCCUCAUCUGUGGCUGCCCCCCAGGGCAGAACGUGGAUGGCUCACUCCUCUCUGUGGAGCUGGCCUGGGUUUCAGAGCAGAAGCCAGCAGCCGUGCCGGCCCAGGAGUCCUUUCUCCUGGUGCAGACAUCCACACUCCCUCCCUGGGGACUGGCCAGGGACCCAGCUCCCCUGCCACCACCACCGCUGCCCUGGGAGGCCGCCCCGGGAGAACUCCAAGGCCAGCAGGUGCUGGACGUGAGGCCCCCACCUGCCCCCAGAGCCGGAGGACAGUCCUGCCAGGACCAUCGCCAGGCAAGGGGCCGCGAUGCCCCCCUCUGCCGGGAGUCCCCCCAUGUUUCAAAUCCCCCAUUACCCAGGAGAGGCCCCAGGGGUCUAAAAGGCUCUCAGAAGGAGGGAGGAGGAGCCCCAGAGUGGGGAACUGAGGAGCAGGAGGUGAGGAGGACUUGGGACAGGAAGGAGGAAGACCUCGGUGACAAGCGCCAGCCAAGUCAGGAAGGCCGUGAGAACCUGAGCCUGGAGGACAGGGUGGGAGCCCUGGAGGGUGUGCAGGGCGGGCACACGGCUGCAGAAGCCCGGGUCGCUGCCUCCCGCCCCUGGCCUGGGCAGGAGCUUGCACCACCUCCUCUGCAGGAGGAGACUGCAGGGUCAACAGAUGGUCCCGAGUCCCUAAGCAGGAGGGGGACGGGGGCAGGGCGUGUCUGGGGCCUCCCAGGGGGGUUUUCCUUAGAGGAGGAGGAAGAGGCCUCCCCAGCCACCUGCUUCAGGGCUCACGACACCAAAGGCCCGUCUCCAGCAGGCGCUCAGCAUCUUGCAGAGCAGGGCCGAGCCGUCGGGAGAGUUCAGGGCCCGGAGGAAAACCACGUGUGGUCUGGAAGUGCUCGGCUGCUGCAGGAGGAGAGCCCCGGGGACCAAGGGCAAGAGGAGGAGGAGCAGAAGGCGUUCCAUCAGGAAGGGUCCAGCCCGGGCUGCAGGGGUUUCCUGGAGGAGCCUAGUUCUGAGGAAUGUGAGGCCAACGAAGUGCUUCUCUUUGUGAAAGAGGGAGGUUUGCCACUGUCUCUGAGAUUGGCCUUAUCGCCCGAGGGGGCCGAACCCACCAGCCACUCACAGGCUCCGAGCACAGGGCAGGGCAGGUCUGCGCUCACCAUAGAGGAAUUCGAAAAGGAGGUGGAAGCUUGUUUCCGGCAGCUCUCCAUCCUGAAGCUUGGGAGCGAGGGUCGUCGGCAGAAAGUUCCCACGUUGGCAGGAGAAAACUGGAGCUUUGCUCACAGGUGGCCCAGCUGCCAGGAGAAUGCCUGUGCUCAGCAGGCUUUGGCAAACCAGAGUUUGGAUCUUUGUUCUGCCAUGGAAGCACAUCCCACUGAGAGCAGCGAGGAUGUUGAGCUGGGAGAGACCGAGGCCCUGGGAGCCGGCCAAGUUCUUCCGGGCACGGUGCCUGAUUCGGACGACGUGGGUCCGCACCCCGGGGGGCCCUCUGAGCUGGGUCAGACCUGGCUCUCUGAGCGCCCGACAGCCCUCGAGAGAGUGAGGAGAAGGUUUCAUCAGCUCAUUGCUGGGCUGAAGAAAGAGAGAAGCAGAGUUUUACAUGACAACAUCGCACUUCAGAGAGACCAAGAGAGGGGCCGUAAAAAGCUGCGUGCCCUUGAAAAAGACAGGGAGCGAACUGUGAAAAACAUAUCCGCGCUCGAGCGGGAUAACAGCACACUGUUGGAAGACAUCGCUCACUUAAAGAGGGAGCUGGACCAGUGUUUGCAGGUCAUUUCUGACCUCGAAGACUGCAACGGGAAAAGUUACGGCAAAAUUUCCGAGCUCGAGGAAGAAAACGAGAAACUGAAAGUGCGUGUGGAACAGCUCGGGAAAGCCCUGUCUGAGAGCUUUAGAGCAUCCAAAGGCGUGACGGAGCACGUCACACGGGAAAACCGGGAGCUCAAGGCGCUGAUUUCCCAGCUUGGGGUCAGUUACAAAGAGCUGAUAAAGGACGUAGUGUUGGGGAUAGAAGACAUGAUCCGGGCCUUAAGGAGGGAGAAUGAGCACCUUCUACACAGGAUCCAAGUCCUGGAGAGGGAAGUCACAAAGGGGAGGAGCACCGAUGUGGGGCGCUUGGUGAGGGCCCAGGAGCCCCUCCAAGGAAAAUGCAAGAUGGCGGUGGACAAGGAGAAUGCUGUAGAAAGGGAGGUGCAGGUAACUCAGCUUCCAGGGCCACUGAUCACAGGACUGCACGGGCUGCCCUUGGAGGAGGAAGUGGGUCUGGCUGGAGAGCGGACGGGACCGUCCUCGGGCAUGGAGAAUUCCGGGUGCCGUGCUGAUUCUACUGCUGCACCCCUGGUCUGGGGAAACGCCGAGAGAUCCAGCGGCCUGCAAGAAAACACCGAUGGAGCGGGGGUGAGAGAAGCACUUCCGGAACAGGAGGAGAAAAGACCGUGGUGUUCUGCAGACCAAGGGCCAGCUCUGAGGUCCCCGAGCAAUGGCCCCCAGCUCCAGGACCCGGAGGCUGAGACUUCCGAGGAGGCCCUCAGGCUGCAGGUCAGGCAGCUCCAUCACCAGGUGCGGACGCUGCGGUGCCAGCUCAGGGACCAGGGCUCCGCGCACCGCGGGCUGCAGGCGUCUCUGCAUGAGGCCGUCCACCUUCGGGCCGAGCUCACGGGCCAGCUUGAAGAACUUCAGAAAAAGCAACACGAAGCAAAUUUGGCUGUGACUCCUCUGAAGGCCAAGCUGGCUUCUCUGGUCCAGAAGUGCCGGGAGAGAAACCACGUGAUCACGCGCCUGCUGCGGGAGCUGCACAGACACGGGGCGCUGGAUCGCCUGCUCUCCGAGACGGCGCAGAGCAUGGUGAACGACGCGGCGCUGGCCGAGUAUGCGGCCACCUUCCUGGCUCCCGGGGUCCCACAGACAGGCCACCACCUGGAUGCCGAGUCUGAGAAGACAGCAGCUGUAAGAGCUCAGAAAUGUGUCCUGGAUCCCGAAAUUGACAGCGUCCUCCAAAGACCAUUGUGUUCAGAGUCCUGGCCAAUUCCCACGGCUGAGGGGCCAACACAGGCAGCUGGACCGAAUUCUUUGAAGCUCCCCCUGUCCUCCGGGCCCACGCCAGAUGCUGGACCGCGCCCCAUCUCUGUGCGACCCGGACUCCCUGCACAAGGUCUGCAAGAAAAAGAUGGAAUGUCCUGUCCCGCCCUCCCGGCUGACGGCCGCCCACCGUGCUCUGAGCUCCUGAGCCCCGCGAGGAUCCUGGCUUUCCACAAAGAGCUUAGAGAAAGCAUUUGCAGCAAUUCCCAGGUCCAUAAAUCACCCCUGGAGUUAUAAAUUUAAUAGGAUCACUCCCUCUCCGGGGCCUUUCGUAGACUCCAUAAAUAUUUGAAGCAGAACCUUCAGAGAGCGCUUUAAGAAAUUGGUAGCAAUCAAAGCCCUCAUUCAGUGGCAAGUGGUUUUGCCUUUGGCUCAGGGCUUCCUGCGCGUUGUCAGAGCUCCGAGACGUCCCAGGCGCCCCGGGUGAGUUCUGAGGGGCUGGGCCUGGUGAGUGUCGAGGCAGCAGAGGGAAUGUUUGCUGUCCCAAAAUCUACUGAACGACCAGGCCAGCGCGUCUCCAGGGGCAUGGUUUUGCCCUCCCAGGGCAGCACUGGCAAUGCUUGGAGACAUUUUCUGUUGUCACAACUGGGAAGCCGCUCCUGGCAUCUAGUGGGCAGAGGCCAGGGAUGCUGGUGAAGAUCCUACAGUGCACGAGAUGGCCCCCGCCACAAAGAAUGACCCAGCCCACACGGCAGCAGCCCGGGGUUUGGAGGCCCUGGGCCCGUCUCACAGCUCCCAAUGUCGUCAGCCACGGAGGACCGUUUUGUUAUUUUCCUGCUCCCAGAGCCCCUCCCCAUGUUUUAAGAGAUUUUUGCCUACCAAAUGAAACGCUUGAUUGAAGUAAUUAUAUGUUUUACAUUUUAAAACAUUAAAACCAAUCCGAGCUUUCUAAUAAGUCCAUUCAUUCAACAAACAUUUGUGACAUCCAAUAUACGCCAGGCAAUAAGAUGUGAAGGCGAAAGAGGUGGGUCGACGUUGGUUCCUGCCCCGGGAGCUCGCAGGGCAACAGGAGAGAGACAGGUAAACAAUAACCGCGUGCCGUGUACGUGAGACCAAGGGAAGGGCGGGUUCUGCCUGGCUUCCAGGAAUGCAAGGCAUUCAGGAAGGAAGGGCUGAGCAGGGCCCCCAGGCCCAAGGAGAUGUUCAACACAUGAGUGAGGUGGGGAAGGGUGUUAAAGUCAGAGGGAACAGCAUGUGCAAAGGCUCUGAGGCAUGAAACUGAACUUCGGGUGUGCCACUGGAGGAGGAGUGUGCCAAGCAGCCCCUUCUAAGCCAGCCACAGGGUCCCUGCCUCAUCCCCCUCCAGUGCCCUUCCUUCCCCUGAGGGCAGGACUGUGCCCUGACCAGUGGGAGGGGACCUGGGGUGAAAGAAGAAUGUGUCCGUCCUGAGGGCAGGCUGCCCAGAAGGAGAGUCUUGGGGGCUUGGGCCACCCGUGCCCAGACCUGUGUGCAGGCUCACCAGUUAGAGACACCAUCUCUCCCCUUGGUAGGGUCUGGCGAGGGGCUGGGGUGAAAGGUCACAGUCUCCUUCCCAAUGCUGCUCCCUCCUGGAAGGGUUGUCAUCUAAGGAUAAGAAGGGGCCAGGACAGGAGCCAAGGGCUCCUGGGGUGAUAGGCAGAGCAUGUAGGUUGUAUUUUAAUGUGUUUUAAUGCGUAUGUUGAAAUGAAAAGUGCAGAGAGUCCUUGCAGACCCUUCACCCAGCUUCCCCUACUGUUCACACCUUCUAUCACUAACCAUAGUCCAGUGGUAGAAAUGAGUGGAUUUAUUCUGAGGAAAACUGCGGGGCCAUUGACUCAUAAGAACAGCCGUGUGAUGGAGCCAGUGGCAGCACGCUGAGCUGCUCCCAUCUUCCUGAGCCCCUGGGGCUGUGUGACCAUCCACAUCACCGUGUCCAUCCACGUAUCUUUGGAACACUUUGCCAAUGGACCCAUCCAGUCAUUUGUUCAAUAAGCAUCUAGCACUAAGGGCCGGGUGAGUGCCGGGUCCUCGGAUCGGUGUGGGAAACGGGAAUAAAGAAGAUGCUGUCCGUCUCCAUCAUCCAGGACCUUCCGGAAACCCUGUGGCCCCGUCAUCACUGCUCAAGGACCCCCCAGAUUGGAAACCACUGCUGUCAUCGCUUUUGCAAUUUCGACCACCAUAGCCACCCCCGAAAUUGCCAAUUGUGCGGCAUCCUGCAGAGCUGGCCAGUACCACUGGUUUGUGAUCUCCUCCUCUGGCCCUUCUCUUCCUUUAUCUGGGGACAAUGCCAUUAGCUUUGAGCAUCGGGAAUACGCUGAAGAGAGGACGGGAGCCGGGUGAUGUUGGGGUGAAGAGCCAGCGGGGCCUCAGCGCUGAGCCGCUGGGUGCAGCCGGGGUCAUUUCUGGUCUCGGGACACUCCCGCCAGGCUAGAACGCUGGGCGUCUUGUCACUUAAGCACUCCCUCCUGCGUCUGCUCACAUUCUGGUCCUUGGCGCAGAGGCGGCCUGGGAAAAUCCAUGCAAGGCAGCCAAGGCAAUCUCUGCAGCGUAACCCGACGCUUCCACAAUAAAUCAGUUUCGAAAGCCAGAAACCACUUACUCGCCCAAGCUGUGAACCCCGCCUGGGGCGGCACAGCGGUCGCCUCAGCUGGUUGUUGCUUUGUGCAUUGAUUCCCCAGGGGCGCUUCUGCGACGGUGCAUGGCAGACUCUGGCGUUUUCCUUGCCUUGACUGUAGACCCCAGCUCUCGGAAGAGGCCACUGGGUUCCCCUGCCACCCCCUGCCGUGGGCCUGGUACAGCCGAGGCCCAGCCUGGUCUGAUGCUCCCAAGUGGAGGACAGGACGUGCUCGGGUGACCAAGAGGGGGCAGGUGAGAACUCGGCACGCAGGCGCUGGGUGCAGCCGCCCCACGUGCCAGGAAUGCCACCGAGCGACCCCAGGCCCUUGGAGACCAGCCAGAUGGGCCAGUCCAGCGGCCUGCAGCGGAAACCAAUCUGUCAGAGGGCUGUCAGCGAGCAACGAUGGUGGCCUUCCCUGGCCGGGCGCUGAGGAGCGGGAGCCCUGAGCCCAGCAAGGUAAAUGCACCCCCACGACCACGCAAAGGCCCCCUGGGCUUUCUGGCAAAUCACGUGAGAGCGUUGGCCUGGCCUGUGGCCAGGCGGUAGGCGUGCUCAGUGUGGUUUCUCUCCCUGCUGCCUGGUUCACGGUCCUGCCCUUCUGGGAUGUUCCUCAUGUGGCAGAGUGCCUGCUCAGCAGAUACUUCUCCUAGUCCUGCCGGGGCAGGGGUGGGGCUGCAGGCUGGGUCACAGGGGUCUCCCUCCAGGUCCCCAUCCUCCAGGCUCCUAGAGAGGCAGAUAGACCAAGAGCACAUGGUGUGAGCAGGGGUUGGUAGGGAGAGCACAGGGUCCAGGGGCACAGAGUGGACGCUGACCAGCGAGGGGUCCGGGAGGGCUUCCUGGAGGAAGUUCCAACUGAGGUGGGCCCUGGAGACCAGCAGGGGUCAGCCAGGCAGGGGCAACCACAUGGACAAAGGCCUGGGGUGCGGUCACGGGUAGGAAAUGGGGGUGCAAGUCCAUGACUUUCUGUAAUCCCUGAGCAGAAGGCGCUCUCUUUCCGUGAUCCCGCUGUGACUUCCUCGUGUGGUUUUAGUGUCGGUCAAACAUUCAUUCUUCCGAAUCCAGGAGCACAGAGUCCUUCCCACUCUGUUCCCGGUUCCCUUCCCAGAGGCAAAGGCCCAGCUUCUUACGAAUCCUCCCAGGGACGUCCUGUGUCCUCUGUGGUCACGCACAGGCACACACGGGCACCCACGCUCUGCCCCCGCUCCGCUUCUCAUCUAGUUUAUCUUGCUGAUCAUUCCGCCUCAGAGCGUAGCUUCUCCUUCAUCUUUUGGACAGUGGCGUUGUGUUCCGUUGUGUGGAUUUUCCAGUCCCUUUUCAACGGACAUUUGUGUUGCUUCUGGGCUUUUGCUGUUGAAACUGGUAUUGCCCUGGAGAUGCUCGUACACACAGCUCUUCACACGCGUGUGCACACAUCUGACGGUGGGUUCCUGGAAGGAGAAGUGCUGGGUCAAAGCAGAGGACCUGGCCACCCCCACUCCCCACCCCAUUUCCAGGUUGUACAGUUUUUGCUCCCACUUGCAAUGCUUGGGGGUCCCUGUUGCCCACAGUCCCCCCAACACCUACCCUCUGAUGUGUUGACUCAAUUCAGCUCUUACUUUUUGAGCCCCUACGGUGGGACCGGUGUGGUUUUAAGCAGUGAAAUAGCUGGACGGGGGCCCUGCCCUCACCGGGGGGUGUCUGAGUGGGGGGCCUGAGUUAAAUACAGGCAUUUGCUUCCUGACCCAACGAGGGACAGUCACGGUCUGGGUAGGGCUGAGCACACACACGCUGCGUGGCACUGGGUUCCGGCCCUUCCCUCACGUCGGUCCUAAUCUGUGCCUCGGUUUCCUAGUCUGCAGAGUGGGGAUACCGACCUCCUAGCGUGGCUGUGAGGAGUAAGCGGGUUAGUACUCGCGCAGCGCCCCGGAGAGGCCCUGGGACGGGCUACCGCUGCGGAUCUCCGUGCAGGUGCUUUCCGAAAAGCAGAAUGAAAAAGAGUCCCUUAAGGCGAGGGUGACAAGGAGCCGUAGCAGCAGUGCGGGCGGCCUGGGGCCGCGGACGGGGACCCCGCUCAGGCGGACGCCACUCAUGAGGAGGGUGGGGUGACAGACUAAGGUAAAGCGAUGGCACUGCGCGCAGGCUCCGAAGGCCGUCUUUCCAGGGGCUG